UUUUUUUUUUUUCAACAAAAAAGAAAAAAAACUCCUCCUUAAAAAUGGAAUCAGAGUUGCGUCAUCGAGAUUUGAAGACUACGGUCGAGGAUGAUACAAGCAGUGAUACGAUGUCAAUGUCCUCUUUAAAUGAUGAUUACCAUGGCGACAUUAAAAAGGAUAUGCGAUACUCUUACGGAAAGACACCUGACGGAAAAGUCUUUCGAGUACCCCUUACCCGCGAAAUGGUAGCACAUUUGCUGAAUCCCAAGACAAAGAAGGGCAUCUUUGACUGGAUUACAUUGGGCACUAUGGCUAUCGAAAUUGGUCUGUUCUUUGUAUUACCCGUCUGGGCUAAACGAAUUUUGUUCUUGUUUGUUUUCUUUUUCUGGCGUCUGGCUUAUAAUGUCGGCCUUGGUUAUUUACUCAAGUACCAAAGUGACAGUCGUGGUCUGGUUCGCCUAGCAAAGAAAUAUCAAAUCUUUGAUCGCGAGGCUAACCCUACUGCUUAUCACUGGCUUCAACGUCAAUUGAGCAUUAAAAUGGGCGAUGACUAUGAUUUUGCUACUGCUCCGAUUGAAUAUAAUACCUGGAUGUUGUACAGACAAUUAGUAGAUCUCAUUCUGAUGAAUGAUUUCACUACCUAUCUGUGCUUUGCGCUUUCUUGGUUCAACACGUCUCCUCAAUCUUCAAUCUUUUUGGGCGAUACUUUGAGAUGGUGUGGUGGUUUGUUUUUGAUUGCGUUUAAUAUUUGGGUUAAGAUUGACGCACAAAGAGUCGUAAAAGAUUUCGCUUGGUAUUGGGGUGAUUUCUUCUUUUUAAUCGAGCAAUCCUUGACCUUUGAUGGCGUAUUCGAAAUGGCACCUCAUCCCAUGUAUUCCAUCGGAUACUUUGGUUAUUAUGGUAUUUCGCUCAUGUGUGCGAGUUAUACCGUUUUGUUUGGUAGUAUCGCUGCUCAUGCUCUUCAAUUCGCAUUUCUUAUUUUGGUUGAAACUCCUCACAUUGAUAAGAUUUAUAAUCCUCCCGCAACCAUCAAGCGUCAAACUGCUGUUUCCACAAACAACCCACUUGACCAAAAGGCCGGUGCUGAGUUUUACUCUAGUUAUUUCCGUCGUGAUUUGAUUGUGUUCAAGAACUUUGAUCUGUUUAGAUCAACUGACCUUGUCGCUGCCAUGAUUAUGAUUUAUGCCAUUAUCACACCACUUUUGGUUCCUGGUAAAACUGGUAUCCUUAUUGCUAUUGCCCAGGCAUUUUUCUGGCGUGCCAUUCAUUCAUUGGGCACAGGUGCUAUUCUUCAAUCUCAAUCCAACAAUAAGUUCUUUACCCGUCAUUUCAUCAAAUGGGGUGGUGGUGUACAAGAGGCAUUUCAAAAUUGGAAAAGUGCUUACAAUCUCACUCUUUGUAUGACAUAUGUCACCUUCUUCAUCGCCUGCUGGAAAACUUAUACCUUGCCUGAUAACUGGACUUACGGCACUACUUUACUUCGCCACGUUCUCGGUUUGACAUUUAUCUCGCUGCAUAUCUGGACCUCUGUUUCUAUUUAUGAAGUUAUUGGUGACUUUGGAUGGUUCUAUGGUGAUUUCUUUAUGGAUGAGCAUCCAUCUGAAUUAUUGUACACUGGUAUUUACAGAUUCUUGAAUAACCCUGAAAAAAUCAUGGGUCAUGCUGCUUUCUGGGGUAUGACAUUAAUUGCCAAUAACGGUACAAUUUUUGCUUUGGCCAUCUUCUCUCAAAUACUUAACGUUUUGUUCCUCCAUUAUGUUGAAAGCCCUCAUAUGCGCAAGUUGUACGGCGACCAAAUUCGUAAAGAGGCUGGUUUAACAAAGACUUUAAAAUCUGCUGCUAUUGCACUUCCCAAGACUAUUCCCGAAAAACUUCAACAAGAAAUUGCGAAAUUAAUCCGUGAAAAUAAUGAUAGUACUAAGAGUGUCGAACGUAUUGUAAAGGAUGCUGUUGAGAAGGUCGAAAAGGCUGUUGAAGAUACAAAAGGAACCAUAGAUAGCAUGAUGGAUGCAGCUCGUCCUCGUUUACAAGAGGUACUUUCCGAAACAAAACAAUUAUUAGAAGCUUCUCGAUCAAGAGUUAUUCCUUUGGUUGCGACUGAUAUUGAAAUGUUUGAUUUAUCUCGUUAUUCACUCAAAAUCAAUGACAAUGUGUUUGAAAUGGGCAAAGAAAUCAAAGUUGAAUGGAAAGCUCCUGAUUAUCAUGGAGCUGAAGAUUGGAUCGGCAUUUUUGAAUUAAAAGCAAACAAGAGUAAACAUAUUACCAAUAUCAGUUCUCGUGGCUUAUGGCAUUGGGUUAACGCCGCCAAAAGCACAGAAUCCGAUGAUAUUGUUUUCCCACCCGAAACUCCUCUUCUUACCGAAGGCUGCGUUGUAUUCAGUGGAUCCAAGUUACCUUGGAAGGCCGGUACUUAUGAAUUCAGAUAUCAUCACGACAAUAAGCAUAACGUUAUGGCCCACUCCGUACCAUUCGAAGUUAAGGCUCCUGUUGCUCCUUCCGUUAUCAAUAUGGAGACUACACAAAAGACAGUAUUGAAGUUUGUUCAAGAUAUAUUGGAUAAUAACACCGAGGUCAUGCCUGUUACGGCGGAUGAAGAAUACGUUGGUAUGGGUGAAAUGGAAUCCAGACAUUUAGUGCAUUGUAUAAAGCUUGCCUACAAUGUUGAGUUCGCUUGGGAAGUUGUGGCUACAGAUAAAUCUGUUUCCAGAUUGUCGAAACGAAUUCUUCACGCUAGAGAAGCUCUUUCUCCUUUCACAUCUGAAUCUUCUCGUAGAUUAUCUUCCGCCUCGCUUCAUUUGGCUUCUAAUACCUGUGCUACUCCCUUAAUGGCUAAAGUUGCUGGUGAAGCCAUGUAAUUUCGUCUGUUUCUUUAUUGUAGUUAUCAUGUAAAUAAAUUUAUUUUUUCUUACUGUUUGAAAAUUCAG